AUGUCCGAUCCGGAGGGAAAUCCAUCUCUUGUCGUUGACUGGACAACACCGCCUCCGGAGCUCUUCAAGACAAUCCUUACAUAUCUGGAUAUCGACUCAGUCAAGGCUCUCCGUUUAACCGACCGAAGAUUCGCGGAACAGUGCAUCGGACAGCGGUUUUUAGGCUUCAUUCAGCAACCUAUUCUCGAUGUAUCAUUGCAGAAUCUUCGUUCACUUCAUGCCCUGGCACGAAAUUCUGCCCUCAGCAAGAUGAUCCACUCUCUGACCUUUCUUGCCACAAGCCUGGAUUCUUCUGGAGCUGAGAAGAACUUGAAAUCAGGAGACCACAUUGUGCGGGAAGUCCAUGUGCGGAUUUUCACAGCGACUACAAAUUCUCCAGAGGAGCUUUCAAAUGCCGAGUCCAAUCUGAAAUGGUUGAAAGAAUAG